GUGAUAAGGAUCCAGCAGAAUGGGAUGACGGUGAAUCCUGCCAGUGUGCUGUGAAUGUGAAGCAGGAGGGACUGGCAGUUUGCGUGCAGGAGGGAAAGCGAACAGGUCCAGGGCCCCCGGAUUAGCAGCCCAAGGAAAGGAGAAGAACAAAAACAUAACAGAAAAACAAAGCCUUAUUCCUCCAGCAGGAUUUUAAGGAGCAAAGCCUGCCGGCCUGGACAACGAGGAAGUUCCCUACACACACAGAGAAGCAUUUCCCUGGGAUUGGUGACACUGUUGUUCAGUCUUUCUCUUGCUAAGAGGGCAUCCACACAACUUUUCAACAAUGAAUUUCCUCCGGAGACGUCUCUCAGACAGUAGUUUUGUGGCGAAUUUGCCCAAUGGCUACAUGAUGGACUUGCAGCGCCCCGACAACUCCACAAGCUCCCCAGUUUCUCCUGCCAUGGAGAGAAAGCACCCACAGCCACCACAGCCCUCACAGUCUUCCUCUACUGGCACCAGCAUCUUCAGCUCCAUCUCCAGUGCCAUGAAGCAAACCACACAAGCAGCUGCAGGACUCAUUGAUCACUCGACAAGCCCCACACCACCUGUGGCUCCGAAACCCAAGAUCCUCCUGGUGAUUGAUGAUGCACACACGGAGUGGGCCAAAUAUUUCCAAGGGAAGAAGGUGAAUGGAGAAUUCGAUAUCCGCGUGGAACAGGCUGAGUUCUCCGAGCUGAAUCUGGCUGCAUACGUCACUGGUGGCUGCAUGGUGGACAUGCAGGUCAUGAGGAACGGCACCAAGGUGGUAAGGUCCUUCAAGCCUGAUUUUGUCCUGAUCCGGCAGCAUGCCUACAGCAUGGCGCUAGGAGAGGACUUCCGCAGCCUCAUCAUCGGCCUCCAGUAUGGUGGCAUCCACACCGUCAACUCCCUCUACUCUAUCUACAACUUCUGCAGCAAGCCCUGGGUGUUUUCUCAGCUCAUUAAAAUCUUCAACUCACUGGGUCCUGAGAAAUUCCCCCUUGUGGAGCAAACGUUCUUCCCAAGCCAUAAGCAGAUGGUCACAACUCCGAAUUUCCCUGUAGUGGUCAAGCUGGGACAUGCUCACGCUGGAAUGGGGAAGGUCAAAGUUGAGAACCAGCACGACUUCCGGGACAUGGCGAGCAUCGUAGCCAUGGCAAGAACCUAUGCCACCUCCGAGCCAUUCAUCGACUCCAAGUAUGACAUCCGAAUCCAGAAAAUCGGCAACAAUUACAAGGCUUACAUGAGGACAUCUAUCUCUGGAAACUGGAAGGCAAACACAGGCUCUGCGAUGCUGGAACAGAUUGCAAUGACAGAGAGGUACAGACUCUGGGCGGAUGCCUGUGCGGAAAUGUUUGGAGGUCUCGAUAUUUGUGCUGUCAAAGCUGUCCACAGCAAAGAUGGAAAAGACUAUAUCAUUGAGGUGAUGGACAGCUCGAUGCCCCUGAUUGGGGAGCAUGUGGAAGAGGACAGACAGCUUAUAGCCGAUCUGGUUGUUUCCAAAAUGACUCAGCUUGUCACCACUGCUGGAUCUACCCCAUCACCGCUGAGGCCUUGGCCUCCACAAGCUCAGCCUCAGUCAGUGAAAACUCAGCCUGGACCUCAGCUCGCACAACUGUCUCAGCCGCGGCCUCCUCCACAAGGUGGGCCACGCCAGCCUCCGGCGUCUCAGCCUCCACGGACAAACGCACCUCCACAGCAACGGCUCUCUCCUCAAGGACAGCAGCCCCAGAGUCCCCUGUCCACUUCACCUCAGCAGCAAAGGUCACCUGGAUCUCCACAGCAAGUCCGAUCAGCAACUGGGUCCUCUCCAGUCCAGGCUUCCAAGGCAGGCGUGUUCCCACCACAGCAGCCCAGACCCCCUGCUCAAGGCCGGGCUCCUAGCCAGCCAAGCCCCACUGAAACGUCCAAGCAACAAGCCAACCCACACCCGCAUCUGAACAAGUCGCAGUCCCUGACAAACACCUUCAGCGUAUCUGAAUCAUCUCAGCGGGGAAACCCCAACGAAGAUGAAGCAAAAGCUGAGACCAUCCGCAACCUGAGGAAAUCAUUUGCUAGCCUGUUUUCUGAUUAACAACCCUGCAGCUGGAUCUGUGCUUUGGUCAGCCUUUACUCUUCAUAUACCCAAUGUCAUCCUGGAAUAUACUCAGUGGCACCCAGCAAUUUACAGCUAAUACCUGGGUAAAAGGAAUUUAGAAAACAACAGUUGUUUUAAUACAAAGAAAAUAUUCUAAUAACGGCCUGAAAAGUGACUGUAUAAAAGUGGCACUAUUUCAUUGUUUUUUGUGCAUAAUCAGAAUCAUGUAUGUUCAAAUGACUGAGUUGUAAAUCAAAUUUUACUCCUGCUAACCCCUGUGUAGUCAACAGUUAUUACAGUGCAAACUAGAUUUUAAUGUAGUCCAUGCAAUUGCUAACUUCCAAUUACAGAAUCCUUGUUGAGGCUAAGAUAAAAGAAAACACAGGCUUAUUUCAGAAACAGAUGUGCAAAGACAGAAGCACAUAUCACAUAUCAUUGACUGAUAAAGUGAGCAUGCCUGAGCAUGGAAACACAGUGAACCAUGGAACUUCAUGAUACCAACUUUACUAAAAGUCAGUUUUCCGAGAAAAAUUACACAUUCAAGUUAAAUACAGUACCAGACAUCGGUAAACACCGAAGAUCACAUGAGCAGGUCAUCCAGAUGAACUGCUGGUUUGUUCCAGAUCACUCUGCUCAUAGCAGUUAAAACGUCUGUUUCAUGCCUUGCAUUUAAGUCCCCAGCACGUGAUUCCUGAGUUCUGAGAGAAAAACGUCAUGUUCUAACCCUGUAGCCUUAGCUCAAAAAUAACCUGAGAAAUGGGCCUUCCACAAGAAAAAAUCGGGGG